CUCCAGGUUUUAGUAAUAGAACAGAAGAAUAAUGAUGGAACUUGGCCAAGGCAAACAUCUCAAACAAAAUCCAGCACUGCCACCAGCAGAAAUUUAUCUACCUCUCCAAAAUCCUCGACUAGCUGCAACUCCUACUCGUCCUUGUCCUCCCCUUCUACAGUCUCUAAUGGUGAGAGCAACAACUCCAGCAACUCCAGCUACAUAUUAAACAGCUCCAGCUCCACCAGGGGGUCAAGUGGUUAUGGAUCUUCACACAACAGUUCUUAUUAUUAUAGGGAAUCUCAUGCACCAAGCCAAGCAGGACUUUGUGGCCUAAGUAAUCUUGGUAAUACGUGCUUCAUGAAUUCAGCAUUGCAGUGUUUGAGUAAUACUGGUCCAUUGACUGAUUACUUCCUACAAGGAAAGUACGAAGAAGAACUGAAUCGGGAAAAUCCUUUGGGAAUGAGGGGAGAAAUUGCUGAAGCCUAUGCUGAGCUCAUCAAACAGAUGUGGUCAGGGAGAAGCUCUUAUGUGGCACCUCGGAUGUUUAAAACCCAGGUUGGGUGUUUUGCUCCCCAGUUUUCAGGAUACCAGCAACAGGAUUCUCAAGAGCUACUUGCAUUUCUUUUAGAUGGCUUGCAUGAAGAUUUAAAUCGUGUGAAGAAAAAGCCCUACUUAGAACUUAAAGAUGCCAAUGGGAGGGAAGAUGAGGUAGUGGCUAAAGAAGCAUGGGAAAAUCACAGGUUAAGAAACAACUCCAUCAUUGUGGACAUCUUCCAUGGGCUUUUUAAAUCCACUCUAGUUUGUCCUCAGUGUUCAAAAAUUUCUGUAACAUUUGACCCUUUCUGUUACUUAACUCUUCCAUUACCUAUGAAGAAGGACCGCACGAUGGAAAUCUUUCUUGUGCGGGCAGACUCAUCUAGGCCAACCCAGUACAGAAUAAUUGUUCCAAAGAUGGGUGCAAUUUCUGACCUGUGUACAGCCCUCUCUCAAAUCUCGGGAGUAGCUGCAGAAAAGAUGGUGGUUGCUGACGUUUAUAAUCAUCGGUUCCACAAAACAUAUCGACAAGAUGAAGCCUUAAACCACAUUAUGGACCGAGAUGAUAUCUUUAUUUAUGAGGUUCCAGGUGCGAGAGAGGAAGACUCUGAAAAUUCAAAAUGCAUCAGCCUCCCAAUUUAUUUCCGUGAGAAAAGGAUGCGAUCCUCAAGUGCACCUGUUGGCACCAUUCUCUUUGGUCAGCCUCUCUUGGUCUCUGUUCCCAGGGAUAAUGUUACAGUGGAUAGCCUGUAUGAACUAGUCCUUUCACGAAUUUCCCGUUACGUGAAAGUGUGUAAGGAAACAUAUGAAAGCUAUAGCUCUGGAACUCGGAACAUAGACAAUGGCUUGUCCAGUGAGCCAAAUGGUAUUAAUGAUGAAGGUGAGGAGGAGAUGGAUCUUCAAACUGUAGUUGGAGAUAAUGAAGAAAAUAGUUCUGAAUCUGAAAACGGCCAGUCUGAUGGCUCUGCAGCUGAUGACAAUGAUAAGAUGGAAAAUGGGCCCACCAAACGCACCACCAAAGCAAAUAAACAGAAGUGUACAAAGAAGCUAUUCAGUUUCAGCAUGGUGAAUGCCUAUGGCACCUCGGAUUUCAGCUCCGUUGCAGAAGAUGGGACAUUUCUCAAAUUAAACUCACAUUCCACAAUUGCUAUAGACUGGGAUCCUGAAAUCAAAAUGAUGUACUAUGAUGAUCAAGAAGCUGAGGCAUAUGAAAAGCAUGAAUCUAUGUCACAACCUCAAAAGAAAAGAAGCUCAGUUGCGUUGAGAGAAUGUAUAGAUUUGUUUACAACAAUGGAGACCUUGGGAGAGCAUGAUCUUUGGUACUGCCCCACUUGUAAAAAGCACCAGCAGGCCACUAAAAAGUUUGAUUUGUGGUCACUACCAAAGAUUCUCGUCGUACAUCUGAAGCGUUUCUCAUAUAAUAGGUAUUGGAGAGAUAAACUUGACACUCUAGUAGAGUUUCCUAUAAGAGAUUUGAACAUGUCUGAGUUUGUCUACAAUCCCAAACCUGGCCCUUGCAUCUAUGACCUUGUUGCAGUCACUAACCACUACGGAGGAAUGGGAGGAGGCCAUUAUACUGCAUAUGCUAAAAAUAAAAUUGAUGGACAAUGGUAUUACUUUGAUGACAGUAGUGUAUCAGGAGCAUCUGAAGAUCAGAUUGUGACAAAAGCAGCUUAUGUUCUUUUCUACCAACGUAGAGACUCUAAUAGCCAGUACAACAGUUCACCUGCUUCCUUGAGUACUCCUGAAGAGAAUGGUGAGAAUAGAAAAAAUGAAGAUGAUAAAAUGGAUACCAACUAAGAUGAAACUGCAUGAUUUUAGCAACAAGAAAUUAGAUCAACUGUUUUUGGACUGUGUUGCUCUACCAUCAGCACCAGCUGUCUUCAGGGUCAGGACAAGAAACCUCUUGAUAACAGCAACUUUUUAAAAACAAAAUUGAUCAAAUCUGAAUGAAUGGGUGAGCAAAAAUAACAUGCUCUCUUUCAGAAUCUACUGAUUUCUGAUGCAAUUGAUGGAUGUCAGUACUGUAAAAUAAACUGCUUUGGAAAUUAAGUGAGUUUUUUUUCUCAUCAGCUAUUUAAGAUAGGGAUUUUGGUUUGGUUUGUUUUUGAAAAGGGUUGCAGUUUUCCCCCCUUCCUUCCCACAUUAAUUUUCUGCCCAAUUUGAAAUUUUAAGUUAUGUCACAGAACUUGCAUUGCCUGUAUUGUUUCCUCUUAUUGGUAUAAUGGUAUUUCUUUGCAUGAAUGACACCUUGCAUCUUAACCUGGAAAUCUUGCAUUAUAAAUUUGUAGCAGAGCACUGGUUUAUAUGUGGUUUGGCUACUGUGACUCGGAUAAUAAAAUUUGUAAUAUUAUAUUGUAUUAUAGGCGGCACAGGAACAGAGGUUUCCAAACCCCAGGUGCGAUACUGAUCCAAACCAGCAUAACCUUGCUGGUAUGUAUUGUAAUGUAAAUUUCACAUCAGUUUCUUCUAGUCUUUUUGCUCAAACUGGCACUUUGUAAGUGGCUGGUUUUAAUACAUAUCUCUACAUAAAUAAAGACUGCUGAUUGGAGCUGUGA